UUCAGUUCAGUCAUGCUCUUCAUUCGUUACGUAUGUACGCUUGCAAGUUGAAGUAUGCGCGUGUGAUCUAACUCUCAAAGGAUAAAGGACCUUCCGUAUUUAUUUUUGUGUGAUCCAUUAUUGUAGGACUUUUUGUAUUACUACGGUGUUACAAUGUUGACUUCAAGCAACCAGUACCUCAGACCGGAAUACUUAACUCCACUUCCAACAACCUUGGAUGCAAAGAAAAGCCCGUUGGCAUUGUUGGCUCAGACAUGCAGCCAGAUUGGCGCCGACUCUCCCAACUCCAAGCUUUUGCAAAGCGCCGAGAAAUCGUCGAAAUCCAGCAAAGACUCUUCUAAAGACAAGUCCAGCAAUGACAGUCUUUCGAAACAGUCUUACAAACCCCACGAUUUGACCCGCGAGAAGUCUAGAACACCCGAAGGUAGAUCCAGUUCAACAUCUACAGGAAGCAGGGUGCGUUCACCGUUGGUGUCGAAAAGCACACCUCAAACCAACGGACGGUGUAACAGCAAUCAGAGUGCCACUUCGCCCCGAAACUCUCCGGCUGCUGAAAGGAAGACUCCAGCUAAUGAUGGUGCGUCAGCUGAAAGGACUUCUCCGGAAAAAUCGACAGAAAGGAGCAGCCCUCAGACGCCGUCUUCUUCAGCUUCCAAGACUGCUUUCACCCCGAACAUUUUGACAUCUUCGUCUGAUCCAGCAAUUAAAGACUUGCCUCUGGGAACGUUCAAGCCAGGCGUCCCGGUAGCUUCGACGUUUUUGCCCGGUUAUCCAGCCCCAGGUUUCCCUCUACCGAUGGACUUGAUGACCAGCAGUCUGAUGUCCCAACAUCACGCACUGAAAACCGGAGGACUUAGUCCGUAUUUGGGUUACGGCCGACUCAAGGCCCAGGACUCUUUGCCGUCAGUGUGUCGUGACCCGUACUGUACAGGAUGUAGUGUUAGUUCUCAUUUACUCAGUGGUGCUUCAAAACCUGGUUCAUGCCCAGCAGGUUGUACACAGUGUGAUCAUGUCAAACCGCCAACUUCCUCAGCAUAUUUGGGCCACACUCCAGCUGCAGCAGCUUACGCUCACGCUCAGUUGGCUGCUUUGGCCGCAGCUUCGCACUUGCCCUACGUUUGUAACUGGAUUUCUGGUGACGCUGCUUACUGUGGCAAGAGGUUCUCUAGUUCAGAGGAGUUGUUGUCUCAUUUGAGGACUCAUACAAGUGUUGCGACUGGAGCGGAGGCCAAUUCUGCCCUGUCGAUGUUGUCAAAUCCUGGUUUACCUCCGACACAUCCUCUUCUGCACAGGACUUAUCCUACACCGCCGCUCAGUCCUUUGGCUACAGCUAGGUAUCAUCCCUAUAGUAAACCGUCCCUUCUUCCUCCUUCAUUGAGUUCCUCACCAUUUUCGGGGAUCUCUUUAAGUCAUCCAGGACUUUCGCCGUAUUUAUCUCCGUAUUCGCUGUAUCCAAGGUUGGGCGCCGCGCCAGGGAUGCAUCAGUAGAUGAUUCGUUUUGAAGCCAAAUAAGAUGCUGUGUUAAUAAUAGACUCCGCCUAGUCUCACAAGAUUACCUAAUUGACUAUCACUUUGUUUCGGUGGUGUAUUUUUGUGUGGACGUGAAUGUGUGAUAUUAUUUUUAAUAUGUACAUUUGUGCAAGUGAAUAUCUUUGUAAAUAAUUUUUGCUGAUCAAAUCAGCGGAGAUAUCCAAAUAUUAUAAUGUAUAUUUAUGUACAGAUCUCAAUUGAUUGAUUAUUUAUUGCAAUAAUUUCUAUUGUUAGAACUAAAAUUACCCUUUUUUAAAUAAACUGUUAGCAACAUGUUUGUCAUCAUACUUGAUCAUUGUAAACUGUAUUUAUUGUCAAUAUGUAAUGUUUCUGUACAAAAAUUGUCUACCAUCAUAUCAUAACGUGUAAUUUCAGAUUUAUAAUCUAUUUUUAUUGUUAAAUUUAUAAAUUGAGUUAUUUUAUUUCCUAAUUUAAAAAAACAAAUUAAAAAAUUAUCAAUAUGAA